AUGCAGGAUAAUCGGCCUGAACUCUACGAAGAGGUAAAACUCUACCGCCAGGCAAGGGAGCGCGAAAAGUAUGACAAUAUGGCUGAUCUGUUUGCCCUUGUGUCCACGCUGCAAAACCUCGAGAAAGCUUACAUCCGGGAUUGCAUUACGCCUCAGGAGUACACUGCUGCCUGCUCGAAGCUGCUGGUCCAAUAUAAGGUAGCAUUCAAGAUCGUGCAAGGCGAUGAGUUUCCUACGAUCGAUUCGUUUGUUAAAAAGUUUCGACUCGACUGUCCAGCUGCACUGGAACGUAUAAGGGAGGAUCGUCCAAUUACCAUCCGGGACGACAAGGGCAACACGAGCAAAUGUAUUGCCGACAUAGUGUCAAUGUUCAUUACACUAAUGGAUAAGCUGCGACUCGAGAUCCGCGCGAUGGAUGAUUUGCAACCGGAGCUACGCGAUUUGCUGGACACAAUGAACCGGCUCUCACUGAUUCCGGACAAUUUUGAGGGCAAGGAGAAGGUCUCCAAUUGGCUUGCAACGUUGAACACGAUGCAGGCAUCCGACGAUCUAACAGAGUCCCAGGUCCGUCAGCUUCUUUUUGACCUGGAAUCAUCCUAUUCGGCAUUUAACAAUCUGCUUCACACCACCUAA